UCCGCUCAGUUCCCGUUUUGCUCCAACUCCACGUUUCCCCCGCGUCUAAUCCCCCCCCCCUCGGAGUCCCCCUCCAGUUCCGCUGCGUAACGGCGCCUCGCAACGGAAGAGGCUGAGCCUGCGGAGCCGGAGGAGGGAGAGAGAGACAAAGGCGGGCGGGGGAGGAGGAGGAAGAGAAAGAGCGACCGGGAGGAAGAGAGGCCGCGGAUCAAGAGGGCAACGCCCGCCACGAUCCCAGACUCGACCGGGAAGCCUCCAAAGGACAAUGCGCCUUACCCCUCCCGGUGCCUCCGCCUCAUCCUCCUCCAUCGCGGCCUCGCGGAGGGUCAGGGCCCGCGUCCCGGCCCCAGGACCAACGCGGCCAUCAUGGCCUUGCCCCUGGGAUUGCCCCGGGAGGCCUCCGCUGCGCUGUGCGUGGCCACGGCUCUCUGCUGCACCUUCUACCUGAGCGCGCUCGAGCCGCGGACAGCGGGGAGUCCCGACCCCUCGCCACCUCCUCCUCCGCAGCAGCAGCAGCAACAGCAUGAGCAGCGGCACGAGCAGCAGCAGCAGCAGCGGCAUUCUCUCUCCGCCGCAUUGCUCCACGCCCUGCCUUUCCUGUCUGACCGGCCGCUCCUCGCCCUCUUACUGCUGCUGCCGCUGCUGAUGAUGGCCACGACGGUGAUGCUGGUGAACGUGCGGAACAAGCUGCUCUCCCUUCCGUGCGAGCGCGCGACGCCGCUGCUCGACAAGAAGACCCCGGCCGCGCAGGAGCCGGCGACACCACCGGGCAUCGGCGUCGGAGUUGGGAUCUGCGGGGUCUCGGCUCCCCUCGGCCCGGUCCCCUCGCCGCUCCUCGUCCUCCUGCACCGGCGGCGGCUGCGCGUCUCUGCGCACGCCGUGGCGCACGCCAAGUCGCACGUGGAGCGCGUCGCGCGGGCCUUGUUGGACGCGGUGGCGUUGGUGGCGCGCCCCGACUGCUCCCACCGGGGUGACCCCUACGCGGGAGACCCUUGGGGACCCGCCCUCCGCGGGGACUUCGUGCCCGCGGGGUCCGGCUACGAGCAGCACGCCAUCGUUCGUCCGGACUCGUACGACCUCCUCAUCCCCCUGCGCGUUCCGGCGGCCGCGGGUUGCGUCCCCGCCCUCUGCGCCGCGCGGUCCACGCACCGCGCGCGCUGCGGAGCGGGGGCCCCGACCCCUCACGGGCACUGCCCGCUGCGGGCCCCGCUCGCCUGCAGGGCCCUCGCCGAGGGCUUCUGUUGCCCGGCCGGGGCCGCUCUGUGCCCCGAGCGCGUCCACGCGUGGUUCCGCGGCGCGGUGCUGCGCGCGACGGGCGCGGUGCGAGCGCGGCUCGGCGCAGAGAGCGCGCUCGCUGUGAGCGCGCGCGAGUCCCGUGGCCGCGUCGUUGUGCGCAUCCUGCCCCGCGCGGACUUCGUGUGCUGCCGCCUGCCCCUGCGCGUCUGGAUGCUGCCCGCGCUGCCCCUCGCUGCUGCGGCCAGCGACGACGGCGGAGACAACGGCGGCGGCGUUGGGGCUGUGUUCCUGACCCCGCAGUGGGGAGAGGGUGAGACCCCGAGCCUAAACCCGGCCAUGAUCCCCACCUCAACACGGAGCCCAACUCAGAUCCCUACCCAGACCGAGAACCAGACUCCAACCGAGACCCCAACCGUGACGCCGACUUUAACGCCAAUGCAGACCCUGACCCCGAAAGUGACCCAGACGCUGACCCCCACCUCAACUGCGACCCCAACCCAGAAUCUGACUCCAACCCAAGCAUCAACCUCAACCGCCACCCUAACCCCGACUCCCACCUCCACCCCGACAUCACCCCCCAAGUUCCCGUGCCCCACACCGGCCUGGAGAGCCCUGUUCCCGGCGCACGAGCAGCGCCUCUUUGCUCGGCUCGCGGAGCUCGGCGGACCCGGCUUGGGCCCCCAGGGCCCCUCGGACCCCGGCGCGAGAGGCCCCCCGUGCCACAUCACGUGCCUCCAGCUGCUCAAGGCCUUCAGGGACGAGACAGGAGCCGAGCUGCGCGACCGCGACCCCGCGGCUGCCGCGCUGUGGUCGCGCCUCCUCUGCACCUUCCACCUCAAGGCCGCGCUCUUCCACCUCAUCCUGGGCUCAUCCACCUCCAUGGGGCCCUGCGGCACGAACGGCUGCGCGGCGGAGGUGCCCCCCGGCGGCAAUCCGGGGCCCUGCCGGGCCGCUGCCGCGUCGAGACCGCGGGGCCACCGGGGUCAGGAAUCGGGGUUCCCCGAAACGUGGGGGGAGGAGCGGCUCUCGCAGAGGCUGGGAGACCUCGUGACCUUCCUGCGGGGCUGCCUCGAUCGGGGGCAGCUUCCGCACCCGUUCCUGGGCAGCGCUGCCAUUGUUCCCGCCACCGCGUGGCAGCGCAGUCCCCAGCAGCCGGAGCGGCGCCCAGCGACGCGAGGAAGCCGGCACCAGCAGCAGGAGGCGAAUCUUCUGCAGGGAGUGCAGCCGGGAGAGCUGCGCUGGGUGAGCGCUCGGCUCGAGUUCUUUUGGAACACCGUGGGCGCUCUGGCGGAGCGCGAGGCGAGGGAGGAUGCGAGGGAGCGCGCGGAGCGCUGCCUUUCUGGGAGAUCGGGACCGCGCGAAGGUGCAGGGGACGGGGCGGGUAGAGGCCCCGCGGGGUCGACGCGCAAGCGACCUUCCACCAAGGGGGCCCCUGAUAAGGGGACCCCUGAUAAGGGGACCCCUACCAACGGACACCCCGACAAGGUGACCCCGACGAAGGGGACCGCUACCAAAGAACCCCCCGCCAAAGUGACCCCGACCAAGGGGACCCCUACCAAGGGGACCCCUGAUAAGGGGACCCCUACCAACGGACACCCCGACAAGGUGACCCCGACGAAGGGGACCGCUACCAAAGAACCCCCCGCCAAAGUGGCCCCGACCAAGGGGACCCCUACCAAGGGACUCCCCCCAUAAAAGGGGGACCCCUACCACAGGGGAAUCCAAUCAGGGGCCACCGACCAAGAGGAUCGCCAAGGAAGCUGAUGUGGGUACGAGCACGGAGCGUUGGACAGCGGUGGUGUCGGGCCACGUGUAGACAAGUCGGGGGUACAAUCGCCCGUUAAGCCUAUACGGGGGAUCUUUGUCUUUUUCUGUAGCCACGCAUAUGCAGAGAGACAAAGGUGUCCUGGGUAACCUAUGUCAGGAUAUUGGGGCAAGUGCUGUUCUGUAGCGAGAACCAACUCAGGCGCGCACGUGGGAGGCGUUGCGGAGGUGCAGGAAACAAAACCCGAAUUCGAUUCGCGCUCACGGCCAACAUCGGCGGCGAAUAUCUGAACCGUUUAGGGGCCUCCGCUAGAUAGACCCGGCCCUAAACGAGUGCCUGGGUGCGGUGUGUAAACAUCGCCGCUGGGGAGACAAAGGCGGCCGUGCGUUACUGGUGUUGGUGGCCGUGGGCAGGAAUCGAACUCGGGUGGCCGGGUUUCGUAGCCGGCGCUCCCCCCGCAUUAAGGCGCAACAAGGCAGACCCAUUGCAGCAGAAGGUGGCGAUGGCUAUGGCGCGCUGAUGAGACUUAACGCGGGCGAAACCCGAGAUGCAGCCGUCUCGUUGCUGUGGGAAACACGGUGGGUUCACACUCUCGACGCCCGAUGAGUUCGGUGUGACGCUGCGGCUGGGUGCCUUGUGCAACCCGGAGGCGCGACACGGAAGCGUGCAAAGCAUCGCGUGUGUAGAAGGCUCUCGGGCCUUGCCCAGACCACCAGCUCAACAGAGCUGAAUGCCACGCUGGGCCAAGUCGCCGUUGAGAACCACCGACUCGAUUGAGUUGAGAACACGUGGUCGGGCCAUCGAACAUUCACCGGUGAUUGGUGAAGUUCUGGAGUUUGGUUAUUGGAUCAGGACUAGAGUUUGGUUAUUGGUGCAGGACUGGAGUUUGGUUAUUAGAGCAGGACUGGAGUUUGGUUAUUGGAGCAGGACUGGAGUUUGGUUAUUGGAUCAGGACUGGAGUUUGGUUAUUGGAUCAGAACUGGAGUUUGGUUAUUGGAUCAGGACUGGAGUUUGGUUAUUGGAGCAGGACUGGAGUUUGGUUAUUGGAUCAGGACUGGAGUUUGGUUAUUGGAUCAGGACUGGAGUUUGAUUAUUGGAUCACGACUGGAGUUUGGUUAAUAGAGCAGGACUGGAGUUUGGUUAUUGGAUCAGGACUGGAGUUUGGUUAUUGGAGCAGGACUGGAGUUUGGUUAUUGGAUCAGGACUGGAGUUUGGUUAUUGGAGCAGGACUAGAGUUUGGUUAUUGGUACAGGACUGAAGUUUGGUUAUUGGAUCAGGACUAGAGUUUGGUUAUUGGAUCAGGACUGGAGUUUGGUUAUUGGAUCAGGACUGGAGUUUGGUUAUUGGAUCAGGACUGGAGUUUGGUUAUUGGAGCAGGACUAGAGUUUGGUUAUUGGAUCAGGACUAGAGUUUGGUUAUUGGUGCAGGACUGGAGUUUGGUUAUUGGAGCAGGACUGGAGUUUGGUUAUUGGAUCAGGACUGGAGUUUGGUUAUUGGAUCAGGACUGGAGUUUGGUUAUUGGAUCAGGACUGGAGUUUGGUUAUUGGAUCAGGACUGCAGUUUGGUUAUUGGAUCAGGACUGGAGUUUGGUUAUUGGUGCAGGACUGGAGUUUGGUUAUUGGAUCAGGAUUGGAGUUUGGUUAUUGGUGCAGGACUGGAGUUUGGUUAUUGGAGCAGGACUGGAGUUUGGUUAUUGGAUCAGGACUGGAGUUUGGUUAUUGGAUCAGGACUGGAGUUUGGUUAUUGGAUCAGGACUGGAGUAUGGUUAUUGGAUCAGGACUGGAGUUUGGUUAUUGGAUCAGGACUGGAGUUUGGUUAUUGGAGCAGGACUAGAGUUUGGUUAUUGGAUCAGGACUAGA